UAUGCAUUCACUACUGUAAGUCGCUCUGGAUAAGAGCGUCUGCUAAAUGACUAAAAUGAAAUGAAAAAUGAAAUGAAGGUGUAGUCUACAAAUAUGGCCCAAAGAAUGAUAAAACACCAAGGCUUGAUGACAAAUGAGUAUACCAAGAAACAAUAAUGGGAGUGUGGUUGCUGUGUCCGUGUCAGUUUGCUUACUUUCCUUCCAUGAGUUUGCGUCGAUUACAAGCGAAUCCGUUACGGUUCACCUACCCGUUGAAUGUGUGUUUUUAGUGUUCCAUUUAACCUUAGCGUCUCCAAUUGAAUACCCUCGUCGAUAUUUUCAGUGGUAAUGUAACCAGUCGAGUGGACAUUAGAAAAUGGCCUUGCUGCGGCUACCCUACACUAUACAACAUCUAGGGUAUCUGAAAUGCAUGCAGAUUGAACAGUUUAGGCUAUUGCGCGUGUAAUACAGCCUACGUAGCUAAUUACAUUUAUGAGCAAAUAAAACUGAAGCGUCGUGAAAUUUUAAUCACUCAUCGAUCAAGGUUCGGAUCUGAAUUUCAAAUAGUUGGCCUUUUACGGUCUGGGAAGCAUGCGCUCCCCUCGCUUAUGUGCGCCACUGGCACGCACACAGAUUGCCGAAUCCUGACGCUUCUACCAGAUGCGGACAUUAGUCUUGUCGUUUUUUCUAGACUUUUACUUUUUCCCUCACUUCCUGGUUUGCCCCUUGUCCCCUGGGUGGGAUAAUUUCUUGUGAACUUUGUUUCUAUUGGCCAUUGAUAAAUCAGAUGUUAGCUCUUAGACUCUCUCUCGCUAACAACCUCUUUAAAACCUCAAUCACAAACCCUCCUGGCCUUUAUAAAGCACAGAACCGAUCCUCGCUCCUUCCGACAUCCGGAGCGUGUUUGAACGCGCUCUCUCAAACUAUCGCUGAAAGUCAAGACCCGGGCUCGGAUAGAGGGCUCCUUCAUACACCGCUUUACACAUCUGGUCCUGAGUGCAGAUUGUUCCUCGGCUCCUGCGGUGCCUGAAGGGGCCAUAUUACCUCUGUGAGUCUGCAUCCUUCGGACAGACACGCAGACGUACCCAUCACGCUGUUAGUGCCAGCGUGGGGCGUUGUGUAGCCUAAAUAUGAGCUAUCGUCUUUUGGGGACUAUAGGACCAAGAGGUCCACUGGACUAUGGAUAAACAGAGCCUACUCCUAUAAAACUGGUUGCAACUGGCCGUCGCGAGCGUGCCUGAGUGUCCAGUAAUCCAUAUGGAGUGCACUAUUUUCUGCUAAGUAGACGGAAUGAACAGUAUCUUUUGUAAGGCUAAAUGUUUUUAAAACGCUGUUGCUCUGCCUGCACCAGCUAUAGCAGUCACAUUAAUGUCAUAACAACCCACUGGUCACAGACUUCAGCUCAAUGUCUACUUUUGAUUUACAUGUGGUUGAGUUGUUAAAUAACGUGAAUUCAACAUGAAAUCAACAUAACGUUUCACCACGUCAUUGGAUUUAAGUUAGAAGGUGGGUGGAAAAAAAUAGGAAAUGCCCUGAUGUUGAUGACUUUUUGCACGUUGAUUCAACGUUAACACAUUGCUUUUUGGGAAGGAAACACCGUUUUUGUCCGGUUGAAAUAGGCUAGUAUUAUAGUCAUCGCUGCUUCUAUUUUAGGUACAGGUCACCUCUAAGUUAUACAACUAAUCAGCAAAUCAACACCGAUUAACAUGAUUUAAAACCAAAUUAAAAUAAUGUAGUCAUAUGUUUGUUAUUGCCAUUGCUCGUUUUGAGCCUACAGUUUUAUUACUUCUGCUGUUAUAAUGAUUUCUUCGUAUCAUAUUUCGAACCUCAUUUUAGAUUGUCAUUAUGCGGUGCCUUAUCUUUCUAUUUUGAAAACUUGACAAGACUUAUCUGAGUUGAAAUAGAGUCCUAUAGCCCAGUACAUUGGCGUCCUCACUCCGAGGACAUUACGUAUGGGUGUGGGGAAGAUCCCGAGAGAGGCCAAGGGAAAUCAUUUCAUUUCACCUAGGCAUGCAUAUGUCCAUGUAAAAUACACUACAAUUCCUAAACCAAGAAAUCCUGUUUAUUCCCCCUAUUGUCAGACAUUAUUUAAAGAUAUAUAUAUAUAUUCUAAAUUCCCUUCUUCUCUUACUUUGAUUUUAUUUCAUUCUUUCUUCAUCGAAUGCGAGAAACUUCGUGUGUUUAGAUUCCUUUCGAACGAUAUUCUGCUCCUCGUUUUCCUGUUCUUAAAUUGACUUAAGUUAUCCAUAUUGGCCCAAAAAAAUAUCAUGACAAUAAAAUUGAUAUUAUUGUUUCGCUGUAAUGUCUGCUAGAGCUUAGGCUAUUCAUUUGGAACCACAGCAAAAUGUUACGCACGUACAUUGAACCAAUUUAAACAUCACAUUUACUUAAUUCAGGCAUUAUUUGUUGAUCAAAACGUGCUUUAUUCACGUUAAGUAUUUACGGAAUUUCAAUUGAGGGGUAAAUAAUUGUCUAAUAAUACUAUUGUACGGUAGCUUACUUUCUGUCAUAUUAAAAAAACGAGACAGUAAUUAAUUUGAAGUGCCUCAUUUUUCAGAGCAUCUAACAAUUUUAGGAAUAACGGUUGAUCUGCAGGUUGGUCACGCUGUUCACACCAGUAGCCUGAACUAAGGAGGAUAGUAAUGCAAAUAUUGAUUUUUCAAGGGUUGAUUACUAAAAUUCAAAGCUUUGUAACAUGGUUUAACGAAAUAUUCAACUAAAUGUAAGGUGCUAGACAAUUGUUUGUGAUAUUUUUGGCUAGUUGUGUUGUUUUGUAGGCCUAUUGUACGUGUUUUAUUCCCAACUAUAAGAAUAAUGUUUAAUGUUGAAUUUCUUUCUGUACUCUGUGUCAGUGGAGAGGUUGCAUAUUCACUAUUCAGUGCGUUUCUUGUUGUAUUGUUUGGGAAAGCGAUGCGUUUGCCGCAACGGUCGUUAACCUCUGAACGACCCUGUUCAGAGGCCACGCCUCAAAGCCCGUCGCAGGCAGUGCCAGAUUGUGUCCGGAGGAUGGCGCGCAAGGACAAUCCAAGAGACGCAACCCGGGCCCCGCGAGCGCCCUGCCCAGGCGCACUCUCAGGCGCGCGCCACUAAAAUCCCACCCAGAUUUCCUACUUGUGCACGAGUUUACCUCUGGAGGUCAUCAAGCAGGAUUUACGACUGGUCAACAAAAGCACGUGAUUCUCAGCCGUAACCCAUAUUUGGGUGCCUACGUAAGAGAGAAUCAAGUACACGUUCUACUCAUUUCCCUAAUUCAUCAUAAAUUGUGCAAGGGUGCUAUAGAAGAAGCAAAAGCAUCAAGAGCCACAAAUCAAGCACACACGUUACUAUUUUAUCCAAAAAUAAAAACAACAAAUACCUGCUAAACAACAGUAUUUGAAUAGUCAAUCAAUGAGCUCCUAUUUUGUAAACUCAUUCUGCGGUCGCUAUCCCAAUGGCGCCGACUUCCAGUUACAUAAUUAUGGAGAUCACAGCUCAGCAAACGACCAAUACAGGGACUCAACGACCAUGCAUUCCAGCAGGCACGGUUAUGGCUACAACGGGAUGGACCUCACUGUCGGUCGCGGUAACGGGCACUUUGUGGCCAACGAGCGGGCACAGGGCUACUCCCCGAACCAGUCGGCGGCGGCAACAACGUCUUCUGUCGAGCCAUCCAGGUACACCCAGUCCGCGAGCGCCACUGGGACGGCGCCCCUCUCGCCUGCACCUGACCCGCUCCCGUGCUCCUCCUCUGUCACAAGCUCGUCUCCGGUCAGCGAGUCUCAACCUCAACACCGAGCCAUAAAGAACUCCAUAACUAUCCCCUGCGCGAGCCCGAGCUCGAGUUCGAACGGAGGCACGCUGUUGAACCAGGAGUGUGUGUCCAAAGCCUCCCCCCUCCUCGAGGAAGAGAAGCCCGCUGGAAGAGAGCAGACAACUUCCCAACAUUUCACCGACGGUGCCCAGCCUCAGAUCUACCCCUGGAUGAGGAAACUGCACAUAAGUCAUGUCUCACUGGACCAGAGGGGAAGAGGGCGAGGACAGCAUACACGCGCUACCAGACCCUGGAGCUCGAGAAAGAGUUCCAUUUCAACCGGUAUCUGACCCGCAGACGGAGGAUCGAGAUAGCGCACGCGCUCUGCCU